UCGUACUUAGUUCCGAGUUCUGUGUGGUGUCGCGAGACCUGCUCUGUCCGGAACUUCCUGUCCUGGUCGUCCUGCGCGAUCUCAGAGUAGCGAUGCGGCCCAGGCUGCUGUGGGUUGCGGCCCGGUGCUUCCGGGCACGCCCGACUGUGGGGCCGGCCCGCAGGCUUCUCAGCUGCGGUAGCCCGCCGCUGGAAGAACUGUUCUCCAGCGGCGGGCCUUUGCGGACCUUCCUAGAGCGCCAGGCAGGGUCUGAAGCCCAAUUGCAGGUCAGGAGGCCUGAGUUGGUGGCGGUGGCCAAACGGCUGAGCGAGAAGGAGCAGGAGCUGCGGGAGACUGAGCAACUACUGCACGAUAAGAACGAAGAUUUAAGGAAACUUGCAGAAAAUGAAAUAACUCUGUGUCAAAAAGAAAUAACUCAGUUGAAGCAUCAGAUUAUCUUACUUUUGGUUCCCUCAGAAGAAACAGAUGAAAAUGAUUUGAUCCUGGAGGUGACUGCAGGAGUUGGGGGUCAAGAGGCAAUGUUGUUUACUUCAGAGAUAUUUGAAAUGUAUCAGCAAUAUGCUGCUUUUAAAAGAUGGCAUUUUGAAACCCUGGAAUAUUUUCCAAGUGAAAUAGGUGGCCUUAGACAUGCAUCUGCCAGCAUUGGGGGUUCAGAAGCCUAUAAGCAUAUGAAAUUUGAAGGAGGUGUGCACAGAGUACAAAGAGUACCAAAGACAGAGAAGCAAGGCCGCAUCCAUACUAGCACCAUGACUGUGGCAAUAUUACCCCAGCCUACUGAGAUUAAUCUGGUGAUUAAUCCUAAAGAUUUGAGAAUUGACACUAAGCGAGCCAGUGGAGCUGGGGGGCAGCAUGUAAACACCACAGACAGUGCUGUCCGGAUAGUUCACCUUCCAACAGGUGUUGUUUCUGAAUGCCAACAAGAGAGAUCUCAACUGAAAAAUAGAGAGAUGGCUAUGAAAAAGUUACGUGCAAAACUGUACAGCAUGCAUCUAGAAGAAGAAACAAGUAAAAGAUACAAUGCUAGAAAGAUUCAGGUUGGAAAUAAAGGAAGGUCAGAGAAAAUAAGAACAUACAAUUUUCCACAGAACCGGGUCACAGAUCACAGAAUAAACAAGUCACUACAUGAUCUUGAAACUUUUAUGCAAGGAGAUUAUUUACUGGAUGAACUUGUACAGUCAUUGAAGGACUAUGCUGAUUAUGAAUCUUUAGUAGAAAUUAUUUCCCAAAAAGUUUGAGUAGAUUUGUUAUUAAAGACUUUAUAGCUUAGAAAAAUUCUACUAGAGCAAGUCAUAUCAUAUGCAAAUUCUCACCAGUAUUGUUGUGAAAAACAAGAAUUAACACAGUUGGAAGUAAUAUGCAUAUUCUCAAGACAGAUAAUUUACAUAAAUACUUCUUAAUGCAUUAGUAAAAAACAUACAAUAUACAGAUCUUCUUUCAUUUACAAUGGAGCUACUUCCCAAUAAAUCCAUCAUAAGUCAAAAAUAUCUUAAGUCAAAUUCAUUUAAUGCUAGCAACACAACACAGCACAUAGUCCCCUACUUAAGGAUGGAUUAACUAACAAUUUUUCAUCUUUAUGAUGAUGUGAGAGAUGCAUUUGUAAGUUGUAGGAGCUCCUUGACCUAAGAUGGGGCUAUGUCCCAGUAAACCCAUGGUAAAGUCAGAAAAUCAUAAGUCAAACCAUUGUAAAUUGGGGACUAUCUGUCAUCAUGACUGUGUCAAUCUUGGACUCAUCGUUACAAGAAGUAGGCAAAGGAAAAUAGUCCUUUGUCCUGUUAUAUGUAAAUAUUGAAUGGGUAAUCAAAAAUUGGGUUUAACUCUAUUGUGAUUAUGAUAAACUUCAAAUAUAAAAUGAAAUAUGACAGUAAAUACUGUAUCAGUCACGAGAAAGAAUCCAAUUAAUUUCUAUAGAGAAAUGUUAACUGAUAAUGGAGUUAGCUAUUAAGAGGGAUAAAAGAACUCAUACAUUAGGACUGAAAGGGAGUACCCAAGGAAAGAACACCCUUGGAAGGAGUUCCCCUUCCUCGAGGUAAAUUUAGGCCUAUUUGAGAGGGUGUGGCUGCAGCCUACACAGUGAUGGAGAGGAUCCCUGGGCUGCCCUGGAACAGAGCUGGUGUAAAGUUGGUGGAUCGGGUCAUGUAGGCAGAGAACCUCAAACCUGGUAGGGUAUGAGCAAAACUUUUUGGACAGUAAGCCUCAGUAGGUAUUUGCAUUAGUCAGGGUUCUCCAGAGCAGCAGAACCACCAAAGCAGCAGAACCAUUAUAAAGAUCGGCUCAUGUGAUUAUUGACGACAAGUCCAGGAUCUGCAAUAUGAGCCAGAAGGCUGGAGACAUAGGAGAGCUGAUGGUACAGUUCUAGUCCAAAGGCAGUCUGUUGAGGAAUUCUCUCUUGCUUGGAAGGAGCUGGUCUUUUUGUUCUGUUCAGGCCUUCAACUGAUUGGAUGAAGCCCACCAACAUUAUGGAAGGCAAUCUGCUUUACUCAAAAUUCACUGAUUUAAAUGUCAAUCUCAUCCAAAAACACCCUCACGGAAACUCUCAGAAUAACAUUUGAUCAAAUAUCUGGGCACCCUGUGGCCCAGCCAAGUUGACAUAAAAUUAACCAUCCCAGUGUCCAAAAGCACCGCAGGCAGCUGUACCAUAGAAGAGGAGAAACAAGAAAACCCCCUUCCUCCUGCCGUGCUACUUAAGCAUGGUAACAUUUAAGUAGCACUGCAUGGUAAUGCUUAAGUAGAAUACCAUGUUUUGGAAAUGUAAGCUGAAAUAUUUAAAAGUGUCACAAUAUUUGUAAUUUACUUCAAACACUAAGCAAACAUGAAAACAUUUCAUAUUUGAAACUUGUUCCAAACUGACUUCUCCCUGCAUCCUAUCUGCUCUCUAAUUCUGGUUACAUAUAAAUAACUGCUGGAUUCAUCCUUCUAAAAAGCAAGACUCUGAUCUUGUCAUUCUUUGCUCAAUAAUGUAAUACCUCCCCAUUUCCUCCCAAAUAAAACUCCAACUCUCACUUGUGCAUACAAUACAUCCAUAAUCUGUAUCCAGCAUCACUUUGUAUUAGCCCAUUUUAUACACCAACUCCUUUAUGCCACAUCAGUUUUUUCUGAUAAAUGUACCUGCAUUUAAGCUUUUCCCCAUUUUGUUCCUUUUGCUGUGGAAGGGCUCCUUCAUCCCCAUAUCCUCAAAAGAUAUUCCCCUAGCAGUGGUUCUUAACCACAGGCAGUUUGGCCCUCCAGGGGACAUUUGGCAAUGUUUGGAGACUGUUAUCACAACUGGAAGGGAGAAUUGUUAAAUAUCCUACAAUGUGCAGGACAGCCCCCCCAUAAUAAAAAAUUACGUCACUCAAAAUGUCAAUAUCGCUGAGGUUAAGAAAUCUUGUCCUAUAGAUUGUUCCCUUAUCCUAGCAUAUAGAUGUUAACAUCUCUGCUCUAUAAAAAUCCCCACUGUAACUUUAAAUGUAUUUGACUCACCCAGUAUUCCAUUAUACCCUUAUUGUGUAUACUUUAUUCCCCUCACACCUUAUAAUCCUUUUAUUCAAAAAUUAU